GUUGAAAUCAUAAUUCAAUAUGGUAUCAGAGCCUAUUGAUCCGUCUCUUCCUUCUCGAUAAAAAAAAAAAAUCGGCCCAGCCGAUCGGCCACCGCCGCCGAUCUCCGCCGAUCUUCCCCACGCCGCCGAUCUCCACCGAUCGGCCAUGGCUGCUCAAACUUCUGAUCCCAUGGAUCGACUGCCUACGGGCUUGAAAUUAUUUGUCCGGAAUCUUCAAUCUCUAACUCCGGUCAAACUAGAUGAUACAAAUUAUCCCUCUUGGUCUGCUACGGUUCGCGCAAACCUCGUCGCUCAUCGUCUCCUCGGAUAUGUUGAUGGUUCAGAAGUGCCUCCUUCACCCCUUAUUUUGGACGAGAAAGCUGCUGCCCCUGGCAAGGAUGCACCGCCAGUUAUGAAACCCAAUCCUGCUUAUGACUCAUGGGUUCUUGUUGAUGCUCAAAUCUGGGCCUGUCUUCUCGCUAUUGUUUCUCCAACUGUUCAGACGCAUAUUCAUGCUCUUCCAUCAUCUGCUGCAAUUUGGAAUCACCUCGAACAACGAUACAAUUCUCUUUCACGUACUCAUAUUUUUCAAUUGAAGGAGCGUCUACAUAGCAUUCAAAAGGGCACUGAUUCCAUGCAAACAUACCUGGACACUGUUCUCACUAUUGUCUCAUCUCUGAAAUUGGCUCAUGAGGACAUCUCUGAACAAGAUAUUAUCCUGUGUGUGCUUCGCGGCCUCCCUACGGAUUAUGCCUCGCUCAAACAAAAUAUUCGUACCAAUAUUGCAACCGUCACUUUCAAUCAAAUCUUCACCAUGCAUUAUUCACCAAUUCAGGACGAGAUACUGGCCGGGGUCGUGGCCGAGGAGGGCCCUCCCGCGGCAGCAGCUACAGUGGCAGAGGAGGCCGGCUGCCUUCCUACCGCGAGGAACCGCGAGGUCGCGGUGGUGGACGUGGGGCCGGCAUCACAUGUCAACUGUGUGGUAAGACCGGUCAUGCGGUCUGGAAUUGUUGGCACCGCUACGAUGAAUCUUACUCCGGUCCUCCACAGGCAUACUACACCAAUCAAUCUGCUGAAACCAAUCCGAACUGGCAUCUGGAUACUGGAGCGAACACCCAUGUGACGUCUGAUUUUUCUCGGCUGCAUACUUCUUCACCUUAUCAUGGCACCAAUUCUAUCACAACUGCGGGAGGUAAUACUUAUCCUAUUGACCAUACAGGCUCAGGUAUACUCACCACUCCAAACCAUACCUUUACAUUAACCAAUCUCCUUCAUUCCCCUCAUAUUAACUCUCACCUUUUAUCUGUUCAUCAAUUUACCAAAGAUAAUAACUGUUCCCUACUUUU